GGGAAUUUUAAUUUGUUGUAAACAGUUCGCUUCAAUCCCUUUUGAAAGUCACAUCGCUUUUUACAUACGUUGUCGAGCACUUGUGGAGCCAAAAUGAGCAUCUUUGAAAUAGCCGAUAAAGUGGCCAUUAUUACAGGCGGAGCGUCCGGAUUGGGACUGAAAUAUGCUUUGGAAUUGUUGAAAAAAAACGCCAAGGCCGUUGUCCUAGCCGAUAUAUCUCCGGAGCUUGGAAGCAAAGCUUUGCAACAAAUUGAAAAGGAAUUUGGCAAAAAUAAGGCUAUUUUUAUAAAAACAGAUGUCACGAGCUAUGCACAAUUUGAAGCUGUGUUUAAGGAGACAAUAAAAACGUUUAAAAAUGUGGACAUUUUAAUAAACAAUGCUGGAAUAAUGGAUGAUUCAGUGUGGGAAAAGGAAAUUGCCAUAAAUGUGAAUGGUACAAUAAUUGGAAUUCUUCUGGGAUUGGAAAACUACAUACAAAGAUACAAAUCCGGAAGCGAAGGGCUCAUUCUGAAUGUAUCGUCUAUUGCCGGAAUAGCGCCAUUCGCAUUUGUGCCAAUUUACGCUGGAACUAAGUUUGCUGUUUACGGUCUAACUAUAUCAUGGGGUUUACCAGCUCAUUACGAAAGAACCAAAGUUAGAGUGGUAGGCGUGUGUCCAGGAUCGACAGUUACGCCGUUAAUAACGGACCUACCAAACAGAAAUUUGGGGCCUGCCUACGAGAAACUAAGACCGAUAGAAUGCGGCUUGGUGGUAAAUCAAGGCCCUGAGGAAGCGGCUGUUCAAGUAAUGUCGGUUAUUGAAAGAGCUCCUUCGGGAACCAUGUGGGUGGUUGAAGGAGGCAAAGCACCCUUCAAGUUUCAAUUACCCGACCGAUUGGUAGGACCGAAAACAUUUCUUCCGUAACAACCUUUACAGGAUAUAAUGUUUACAAUCACAUUUAUUGUACGUUUCAUUAAUAAACUGGGGUUUGCUUCAGAUUUUUAACUUGUAAUGUAGAAUUGUGACGUGAAUUAAACUGUAAUGCUGUUUA